AUGUCGUAUUUCUCGGAUGCUUCUUCGACAUCUUCGGCACCGCCUUUGACACCUUCACCAUAUCAAUCCGGUCACUUGGCACCCAACCCUUAUUCCUCACCGACACCAUACGAUCCGAUCUCACCACCCAAUUCAAUACGUCAGUACUCCUCAGAGCUCGUUCGAAAGAUGUCAGUAGGUCUGACAGCCGCCAUGAGAGAUCUGAAAGAUGACCGAGGUGGUCCAGAAAGGGCAUUUGACGUCGAAUAUGGCUAUGAUGAAGAUCCUAUAGAAAGACAUGUUAGAUUGUUCUUAACACCUAGAAAAGUGUUUGAUAAAUCAAAAGCUGUACCUGAAUUAGGAUUGAAACCAUUACAACGCAACAACAUAGAAUCAUCCUCGGUACCACCUCCUCCGAAACAGCAUUAUCCAUCUAUGAUGAAUGCCGAACGGACUAUACCUUCUACUGCACCCCGUCUAGUGAACCACGAUGAUAGAGGAAUGUCGGACCCCUCAAGUAGAGAUAAAGGAGAAUAUGGAAGCAUACAAGAUGAAUCAGCGAAAUUUCGACCUGGUUUGAUCCAUUUCCAUCGAUCAAACUCUUCAUCUUUGGAUCCUCCUAGACCUUCAUAUUCAAGAAUGGAUUCAACCAUGUCAACAGGCUCAACAGUCAGUAUGAUGAGCGAAGCCUCUUUCGAAGCUGUCAAAGCGGAAGACAUAGUAAGUAUGUAUGGAGGCGGAAUGGAUAAGAAAGAGGAUCCUUUCGAAUACGAUUUUGAUCAGAUAGAUGAGAGGAUAAAGGAAAAUGAUAGGGAAGAAGAGGAUGGAUUGGAAAUUGGAUUAGGAAGAUCAUCGAUAAUGUCAACAGAAACCUCAAACACUAUUAGACCAUCUCACCUAAAUCAAUAUGGUUAUUAUCAAAUGUCGUCUGAACCAAUAACGACAAAUCAAUAUUCACAUCAGCAUUCACAAUCACACUCCCAAUCACAACAACACUCGCAUCAGCACACACAAUCGCAUUCUCAUUCACACUCACAUUACCAAGCACAAGCGCAAUCACAAACACAGCAACGAGCGCCAACACUGCCUUCGCGUCCCUCUUUCUUCCGAAAAAAGUCAAGAGUGCAUCCAUACGAAUCUCCUUCAGCGGGUGAAACGGAAGAACCUCCUUGGUUAGCUGGAAGGACAGUCAGUGAACAGAUGGUGGCUCAAGCUGGAUUGAGAUGUCAACGUCAACGAGUUGGAGCGAAUAGAAGAUAG